UUUUGUUUAAAAAUUAAGUUCUGUACAUCUAGGUACUUGCUGAUAGAAUCAACCUCCCAUGUAAGCUCGUCAAAGGGAGUUAUUAUACCGGCACUGAUGAUGGAGCUGUGAACCUGAUAAAAUUGGAUAAUGGAAGCGAGCACAUUAUUGAUCUAAUGGGGGCUCCAGGCACCCUAAUUCCUACUGAGGUACCCAGUGGUCAUCAUCGAAAUUUUGGGUUAGAUACAAGUAGUAUCGCCUCUGUGCUGGGAAUUGCCAAAAGUUUGUGUACAGCGUCAAAUGAAGGAGUGAAGUUAUUUGGUGAUGUUUCAUGCAAAGAGAGCAUAAAUGAUUUUCCUGAAGGAUCGGCAGCACAACAGCUAGAAGGAAACCAUGCUGUUUCUAAUCCUGGAUGUCAUUCAUCUUCUAAUACAUUAGUUGCAGAACAUCUUGCGAAAGGCCAAACUGAUGAGGUGAUCCAAAGUAAUGGCAUUGCAGUUGGUGGUGGCCUUGAUCAGUUAUCUGGAGAUAAAGAUGAAUCUACAUUGGAAGUGAUGGAAGUAGCUUGCAGUGACCAGUCUAAUGCUAGCAAGGUGCACAAUUUGCCUAUUGACCCUGUGUUGAAUGGGGUUUCCGGAAUUUUGUGGGAGGAUCUUCAGAUUGGUGAACGUAUUGGUAUAGGGUCAUAUGGUGAAGUCUACCAAGCAGAAUGGAAUGGCACGGAAGUUGCUGUUAAAAAAUUAAUGAAACAAGACAUCUCAGGCAAUGCACUCGCACAAUUUAAAUGCGAGGUCGAUAUCAUGUUGAGGCUGAGGCAUCCAAAUGUUGUUCUUUUCAUGGGAGCUGUAACAAUUCCCCCGAAUCUGUCCAUAUUGACAGAGUUUCUACCAAGGGGUAGUUUGUAUAAGCUGCUGCACCGUCCAAAUAUCCAAAUCGAUGAAAAGAGGCGAAUAAGAAUGGCUCUUGAUGUGGCCAAGGGAAUGAAUUACUUGCACACGAGCCAACCUAUCAUUGUGCAUCGUGAUUUGAAGACACCAAACCUCCUUGUUGAUAAGAACUGGGUUGUCAAGGUUUGUGAUUUUGGGAUGUCACGAUUGCAGCACCAUACUUUUCUAUCUUCAAAGUCAGCUGCUGGAACGGCAGAGUGGAUGGCACCAGAGGUUCUAAGGAAUGAACCCGCCAAUGAGAAAUCUGAUGUAUAUAGCUUUGGAGUAAUAUUAUGGGAGUUGGCAACUUUACAAGUUCCAUGGACGGGAAUGAAUUCGAUGCAGGUUGUUGGAGCCGUUGGAUUCCAGGGUAGAUGCCUUGAUAUUCCACUAACGGUGGAUCCAUUGGUUGCGGAGAUAAUAAGUGACUGUUGGAAUCGAAAUCCACAAGCACGCCCUUCUUUUGGCCAGAUUAUCGCCCGCCUCAGGCGUCUGCAGCGUCUAAACAUGCAGGAAAUGAACUCGUGUAAAUCCCCAGUGGUGGUGUAACUUGUAGAUAGAUGCAGAGUGAUACGCAAGUUGUUGGAUUGAAAACUGUUGGUUGAUUCGAAGUCUGGACUCAGCACAAUCAGUUCAGAACAGAACAUAAUGAAUACCAUACGUCGACAGCUACAUAAAGUGCAGUUGGCGAUGCCAUUGGAGUACUAGGAAAGCUGGUAAUAGUAAUUUGUGCAUGAAGUCUUAAAAAGUUUGGAAGGCAUCUUCUUAAUAAUAGGAUAAGAGUUGAAAAAGGGUACUUUGCCAUUCAUUUGUAAGAAAGUCUCUUUAGUUUUACAAUAGAAAAGAAUGAAAAAAAGAAAAGAGUAUUGGAGAAUCUGUUGAGAUCAUCAAAGGGGCAAAUGUACAAAUUUGGUCUCUACGGGUGGUGCCAGGGUGAGAAUUAAUAAAAGUGAAACAAAUAAUAUUUGUCUCGUGUCAUUUAAUA